GGCGUGCUCCGAGUUUAAACAUUUUUCGAAGAGUGUCAGUUAGUGGCUAACCGGUUUGAGGUGAAGAAAUGGAGCAGAAAUGACCGGAUAGUCGACAGUUCCGCCCUUUGGGAAAAAGAAAGAAAUAAAGUAGCUGAGGGAUGAUGGCGGGUGAUUGCCAACAGAGCAAUAAUUACCAGCUGUUGAUCAGCCAGAGUCUGGACAUGGCAGAGGGAACUGACCUCUUGGACCCAGACAUGCAGCAGAAACUUGAUGGAGUGAAAGAUCUGAUACGGCGUGAAAUACAAAAGGAGCUGAAAAUCAAAGAAGGAACAGAGAACUUACGCAAGGUGACGACGGACAAAAAAAAUCUGGCACAUGUGGAAAACAUUUUGAAAACCUCAAAUCGCAAGUUGGAGCGACUGCACUGGGAGCUUCAGGAGCUGAAUGCACGAAUUGUUGUCGCAGACAGGGACAAUCGGGGAGAUGACGGACUGUCUCCAGACCCCUGUUGCUGGGAGCCAUGUCUAACUCCUCUCAACAGUCGAAUCACAGCUCUGAAGAAACAGCUAAAUAUUGAAAUGAAGGUAAAACAGGGAGCUGAAAACAUGAUCCAGAUGUACUCAAAUGGGCCAUCAAAGGUGCUAAAAAACAUCUGUUUCCAGGAUCGUAAAAUGUUAGCGGCAGCACAACAGAUGUUACAAGACAGUAAGAUAAAGAUUGAUAUAAUCCGAAUGCAGAUCCUUAAAGUAACUCACACCAUUGGAGCAGCUGAGGACAGCAAUGAAACUAUAGGAGCCAUCAGCCCUCUGGAGCUGCGAAUUGAAGAACUGAGGCAUCAUCUCUGGGUUGAGUCUGCAAUAGCAGAAGGUGCAAACAAUGCAGUGAAGUUGCUGGAAGGAAGGAAGGUCCAGGACAAGAAAGUUCUGGCUGAGGCACUGUCACGAUUGCAAGAAUCAGCCCAGAAAAUGGAUCUGCUUCGCAUCUCACUAGAAUGCCGCCUAAGUGAGCUCCCUAGUGGCCACCCCAAGCAUGAAGUUAUCAAAGAAGAACUGAAAAUGGUGAAUUCGCCCUCAGUGGCACUAACCCGCAUCGGUGCAUCGUACCUCUCUGUGGCCUUUAUCAAAUCAGCGGCACUAACAGGUACACUGGAAGUAAAGUUAAUAGGAUGCCAGCACCUUCUUGAAAAUGUCCCAGGUCGCUCCUGGAUGGCAAGUGCAUCACCCGGUCCAGGAACUCCUCUAUCAUCUGUUAAGACAUGGACAGGGAUGAAUAUUCACAGGCGAAACACAGCACGCCGAUACUUAAAAUCAGAGGAGCUAAGUACCGAAGCGAGUGCUGUUCUGAAACUGGACAAUCGAAUUGUGGGACAAACACACUGGCGUUCAGUGAAGAAUCAAACAUGGGAUCAGACCUUCAGCAUUGAACUCGACAGGUCUCGUGAGUUGGAAAUUGCUGUUUACUGGCGGGACUGGCGAGAGCUGUGUGCAGUAAAGUUCCUGCGACUUGAGGAAUUCCUGGACAACCAGUGCCAUGUGAUGACUCUGUGCUUGGAGCCACAGGGGGUGCUUUCUGCAGAGGUAAUCUUCUGUAAUCCUGCCAUUGAUCGAUACCCAAAGCUACGACGACAGAAUCGAAUUUUCCCAAAAGAGAGAGGGAAAAACUUUUUGAGAGCAUCACAGAUGAAUAUUAAUAUUGCCACCUGGGGGCGUCUAAUGAUGAGUAUGCUGCCUCCUUGUAGCAGCAUGACAACAAUGAGUCCACCAUUGCCUCCAUCUGAUUCCAAUUUCACAUCACUAUCCGGUGCACCAUGCACUUUCAGCACUUUGUCACCAGAACCAAGGAACUUUACACCUAUCAACCUAAACUUCAGCCCAGAGCCUCCUCCCAAGCCACCUCGGCUUUUUAUAAAUUGUGCCUCAGAGGAAAGGAUACUUUCACUUGCUGACUGCCAGAGUGCAAUUGGAAGUGGUACAGAGGUGAAAACUCAACAGACUAAACAAGCAUCAGAGAUACAAAAUCAAGCCUGGGUUACACUCAGAAAGCAGACCUUGCAUAUUGAUGAUUUCUAUUGUGUUGCCUUUCUGGGACGAGGUCACUUUGGAAAGGUGCUGCUAGCAGAACAUAAAUUGACUAAGAAAAUGUUUGCUAUUAAAGCCUUGAAGAAAGGAAGUGUAGUUUCUCGAGGUGAAGUAGACAGCUUAAUGUGUGAGAAGCGAAUCUUUGAAACAGCAAGCUCUGCACAGCAUCCUUUCCUUGUGAAUCUCUUUGCGUGCUUUCAAACCACAAAUCAUGUUUGCUUUGUGAUGGAGUAUGCACCUGGAGGAGACCUAAUGAUGCACAUUCGUUCCAAUGUCUUCUCUGAAUCCCAAACUCGGUUUUAUGCAGCCUGUGUUAUUCUUGGAUUGCAAUUUCUACAUGAGAAAAAUAUAGUUUACAGGGAUCUGAAAUUAGACAACUUGUUGAUGGAUGCUGAGGGUUAUAUUAAAAUUGGUGACUUUGGUCUCUGCAAAGAAGGAAUGGGUUUUGGUGAUCACACAAACACGUUUUGUGGAACCCCUGAGUUCUUGGCUCCGGAGGUGCUGACUGAGACCUCGUACACACGAGCGAUUGACUGGUGGGGUCUAGGUGUCCUUAUUUUUGAAAUGCUGGUGGGAGAGUGCCCUUUUCCGGGAGAUGAUGAUGACGAAAUAUUUGAUAGUAUUGUCAAUGAUGAAGUGCGCUACCCACGAUUCCUUUCAACAGAGGCUAUUUCAGCCGUAAGAAAGCUUCUGAGAAAGAAUCCAGAAUGUCGGCUGGGAGCUGGUGAUCAGGAUGCAGAAGAGGUGAAAAAGGAGAUGUUUUUCCAAGAAGUGGACUGGGAAGCCCUGUUAGCUCGAAGAGCAAAGCCACCAUUUGUCCCAAAAAUAAGCAGCCCAUCUGAUGUCCAGAACUUUGAUGAAGAGUUCACAUCCCAGAGACCAAUCCUUUCACCAUUUUGUGACUUCCAGCCACUAACUGCACAGGAACAAGCAAUGUUUGAAGGGUUUGACUAUGUGGCUGAUCUUUAACAAGGUGGCUGACAUGUAGGGCUCAAAUGUCACAACUUGAGAACGCUGAAUGCUUGCUGUAGCGCAAAUUGAAGCUCUUGUAGCCACAAUGUUUGAAACGUUUGCUGCUCACUCCCAUGGUAACUUGAAUGUUGACAUUUAAUUUCCAAGGUGACCAGAACACUGGACCUCAGAGUUUCAUUCUGUGAAUGCAUUUUAUUUCCUUUUCUAGAAUCAUAAUCAUUACAAGGAAUUGGUGCAAUUAUUCAUCAGUUUGGUAAUGAACUAUACACCAUAGCAUUAGGAAGAUGUGGUCCCAUGGCCACAGGUGCACAUGUAUUGGGAUGAAUGAACUAAAUCAUAAUGAUAAAUUCCAAGACCAGGGGUUGUUAGGUCAGAGAUUUUUAUUCAGAUGUACACUGUUGGUGUCUGAAUAAGCAAGUCCAUCACUGGCCUCCUGCUCUAAAGGAAUUCCCAUUGUGAGUGGGAAGUUCCUGCUUCAAGCAUUUUUCCACAGUUUUGACCUCGGUUUGGGACAUGAUUGUGGUAAUAAAUUGUACAGAACACCCCCCACCCCCACCCGGCCACCAACAUCACUGCCUCAUCCAACCAUUCAUUUCCUAAAGCUGACAUCAUCGAUCGCUGUUCUGCAAUUAGGGAUGCGGAGCAAGACUGGCCCCAUCAAUUUUCUCCUGUCUCCAUGUACAGUGCUAUGUAGUGGGGACCAUAUUACCAAUGAUUGCAGAAAAAUUUGGAUGUGAAUUGGGAAAAUUAAAUCUUUUUUUUAACCUUGUAACCGCAGUAAAAUUUCAUAUGCUCAAUUAUAAAAUUUACUGUUUUGUCCAGGUGGAGAUUAAAUAGUUAUAAGGGAUUUGUUCACUUCUUCCAUCCCCUGCCUGCAAACUGGGAAGUAUAGUUUUCUACCUUUUCUUUUAUUCUAUUUGUUUCACUUUGAAUAUAUUCAAGUAGUCUUUUAACUUGCUUUGUGAUGGUAAUUUUGUUUUGUUUAUUUUCCUUGCACAAAACAAGAAAGCAGGUUGGAGAGCUGCACCCAGAGUUCUUUGGAUGCUGUAAGGACAGUUCUGUGUGUGCAUGUGGUUCACUCUGACUUUUUCCUUUUCUGCUCCACCUGUGGGGAAUAUGCCUAGCCCAUCUCCACAGCAACAUUGUUGAUUCCAGGAAUUGCAUCUGAUCAUCAUUCAAACACUAAUUUGCUACCUUUAUAUGCCUUCUAAUUCCUGCUGAGCCUGUUAGAUUUGUGGGGGAUACAAGUCCUUUUUAAACUUAUUGCACUUAACGUUAAAUGCCUACUCAAAUAUCCUCGUUUGUAUCUUGCUUUUAUUUAGUUCAUAAAUAUGUUUAAAUAACUCAUCAAAAAUUGAUAUAAGAGGCCAGUAGAAGCACUGAUAUUAGAUGACCAGAGAUGAAUAUGUUACAGUAAUGAAGGAUAGGAUCUCGAGCCUCCCCUGUAUUCAUGUUUUCUGAUCUUGAUCACCUGUGAGUGGAAGGCUCGGUACUUUCCAGGGAAGCAAAAAAACUGGAUCAGAUUCACUAUGGGUUGCUGUUAAAUAUUCCCACUGGCAAAGACGUGGGAGCAGGCCGUUGCUCCCAUCUUCUAGCCAUAGGCGACAUGCAGUCCAAAGGAUGGGGUAAGUGGAACUACUUGAUUCCUCAUAAGAAUUAAAAACAUGUCAUUCUGAAAACCAGAAGUACUUGCUUUAUUAUGAAGGAAAAAAUCUAGCUAUUUACUUAAACAUUAUGCUUAUAUGAAUAUAUAUUUAAGAUUAAUUUUAUAUGAAAAACACUAUGGAGAUUGACAGGAACUUGGUUCAUGUUAAAAACAACAUUGUUCAUAUUGUAACUUAUGGCUUGUAUUUUAUGAUAAAUUCACUCCAGUAAAUUAAAGAGAAUUAACCAUGCAUUCCUGAGUUACUAUUACAUUCAUUAGCUUGCAAAGAGCAAUUAC